GACGUCGAGCGACGACGACGACGACGACGACGCUGCCGCCACAGUGACUGACAUGGACGUGAAUAGGGCAGUUACAAAGUAGUUUGUGCAUUAGCAAAGUUCUUUUAAAGAAACUCGCGACGCGACGAGUCGGAAAUAUCAGCGCGCUGUGAGACGCUGUUGACAAACAGCUCGACGAAGAGUAGUUGACGCGAGCUGCGAAAUGGAGCGAUAGAGACGGGAGAUCGAUAGCUUAGAUUACUAAUUUAUCAUACGCGGUUUACGUAACGUGAAAUCGCGCGUUUAUGUAUAUUGUUAUAGCGUUUGAAAAUAAUCGAUGAGUGUUUAGAAGCCCGGGCGCUUUUAUACUCGCGCGUAUAAUCAAAACAUGAAUGCCAAACGUUCAGCGCGGUACUUGUUGCUUUGAUAUUGCAUUGUUGUAACAGAAACUAUAUAUUUAUAUAUAGAUAUUGUACGAUAAGAUACGAUAUUUAUUAAAGUUACUUUCAAAAUUUUGUUUUAAAAAAUUGCAAUUAUAUGAACAAUAACAAUUUUGUUUCAAGAAAAAUUGCAACUAUUAUAUGAGCAAUAACAGACAAUGUGACGAUAAAAAAAAAACAGAAUUAAAAAUUGUAUUUAAGUCAAUCCCACGAAUACAUUAUUUGCCACAACCGAGGGAUCCGCAGUGAAUCAUUCUAUUCUGAGCAAUGAGUCCGCAUAGCCAUAAAAAUAAUUUAACUCCAAAAGACAUGCAGUCUAACGGAUACUCUGCUGGCAAUACCAUGACCAAAGAAGCAAGAAAUCAUUCAUCUCCUUGUGAGUCAGUGGAUUCAAUGCCUUGGUUUGGGAUGGAUAUAGGUGGUACACUAUGCAAAUUAGUAUACUUCGAACCAAAGGAUAUAACGAGAGAUGAAGCGGAUGCAGAAGUUGAGACGUUGAAAAAUAUUCGUCGAUAUCUCACUAAAAAUUCGGCAUAUGGAAAAACUGGUCAUCGUGAUACGCAUCUACAAAUGGAUAACGUUUGCAUUAGAGGCAGACGAGGAACGUUACAUUUUAUUAGAUUUCCCACGAGUGAAAUGGGAAAUUUUUUAGCAUUAGCAAAAUCAAAAGGUAUGGCGAAUCUUGUGACUACGGUUUGCGCCACUGGUGGUGGUGCUUUUAAAUUCGAGGACAAUUUCAAAAAGGAAGUAAAUAUGAACUUGGCAAAGUUCGACGAAUUGGAUAGUUUAUUACGCGGAAUGCUUUACAUAGAGACCACGAAUCUACGUGAAUGCUAUUAUUGGUCGAAUCCCACAGAUGACAGCAAAUGCCAAAAAGAACCCUAUGACUUUUCUGAACCAUAUCCUUUCCUGCUCGUUAAUAUAGGCUCUGGAGUAAGCAUACUAGCUGUAUACGGACCAGAAGAUUAUAAAAGGAUAUCUGGAACAAGUUUAGGUGGCGGUACAUUCUUAGGAUUAUGUUGUCUGCUUACUGGAUGUAACACUUUUGAAGAGGCAAUAGAGUUAGCAACGGGCGGUGAUAAUACAAGAGUGGAUAAAUUGGUUAAGGAUAUAUACGGCGGUGAUUAUGGUCCUUUCGGUCUUCCCGGAGAUUUAGUUGCGAGCAGUUUUGGACAAAUGAAUUCCAAAGAUCGCAGAAAUACCGUCACGAAGGAAGAUCUGGCGCGCGCAACUCUUGUUACUAUCACAAAUAAUAUCGGUUCUAUCGCGCGUAUGUGUGCUGUUAAUGAAAAAAUUGAAAGGGUCGUAUUCGUAGGAAAUUUUCUUAGGGUAAAUCCCAUAUCAAUGAAAUUGUUGGCCUAUGCUAUGGAUUACUGGUCUAAAGGAACCUUGAAAGCCCUGUUUUUGGAACAUGAAGGUUACUUCGGCGCGGUGGGAUGUCUAUUACAAUUCAAUGGCGAAUCUAGCUAAACACAAUGGAAAACAAUUGGGAGGAGCAGUCAUAUACAACAUAUAGCAUUCCAUAUGACCAACUUCGCAAAACAUUUCUCGAGUGAGAAAGAUUCUUCGACAUAAUCAUAUUUAUUUUUGUUACAUUUUUUUCAAUUAAAUAAUCGUUUAUUAUGUUUAAGGCGGAAAAAACUUCGAUAUUUAAGCAGUAGGAUUAGGGGUAUAUUUGUCAAGUGUCAUUGUAUAAUUUAUCACUAUUUUAAUGUAGGAAAAAAUAAUUGCGUCAAGAUGUUUCUUUUCUUUUUUGGUCGGGGGGUAAUUAUAUUUCGAGAUAAUUGUUCGAUUACGAGCACAAAUCUAACACGACUCGGCAGAUAGAAAUUGAUAAAUGGACCAAAUCCAUAAGGAUUAAGGAUAGCCUCUCCUUCCGAUGUUUGUUACAUGCCGCAUAGACUAGUUCUACCUCAUAAUUUAUAUUGUAAAGUUUUUCUACAAAUGUGCACAGGUUUUUAUGUAUAUAAGUAAACGCAAUCGUUAUAUAUAUUACACUUGCACAUCUCUCUCUCUUUUCUCUUCGUAAUUUUAUAAAACUAUUGUAGCGAGUAAAUACUUUCGCACUAAUUGUUAAUAUCUGCAAUUUUGUUGUUAAUGCAUUGCGUGUUACAAAAUGAAUUUUUUAAUACGAUUUUUUAAUUGAAUAUUAAUGCAACUUUUUAAUGAAAUAUUCAUUCGCAUCUGGCAAUUGCAUAAAUUAAGAAUUUUUUAUGUCACUCCAGUGAGAUCACGAUUUUGAAAUGCAAAUUACGCUUUCAUCAGGAUAUUAAAUGCGAAAUGCAAUAUUAUGCGUACUCGAAAUUGUCAAACAUGUGUCAAAUGUUAAAUCUUAUUUUUGAGAAAUACGUUGUAAUACUGUGAAUGAAUAAAAAUGUAUCAUUGAAAUAUUGAUAUUGUCAUAAAGAAAAUGCAUAUAUUGUUUUAGAAAAUAAUU